UUGUAAUUAUCGUUUAUUCAUACUCAGUGGAGAUAUCUAACUUGCUUAGUGGCGCUGGAUCGCGAACGUGCAGAGUACAGCAGCUGGGAUGGGGUAGCUGGGCGUCAGCAAGGGCAGCAGCCAAGGACAGAGGCAGGUGGAGGCAGUAUAUGUACCACCUUAUGAACCACUGGGCACGAGAAGGAUAUGUGAGGUUCCAAAUGCCGUCCAUUACCGUAUGCAUCUUCCAGAGUUGUAUGAUUUUCUUUCAUUUAAACUUUGUUGGUUCAAAAGACUUGCCAAGCGUUCGAUGUGAACACCUUAUUAAUUUUGGUGUGAAAAACUGCGCAGGGUAUGAAAACGCUACAGGAACUGUUAAUGAUAAAUCCGUCCCGAUGUACGACGUUUCUCCGACGCAACUUAAUAACACUGGAAAAAGACAAAACAACAGUGAUCUUCCUACCAUAAUGGAGCCAACUUUCUCAAUUAUUGGAAUAGGCGUCGUAAUCUUUGGUUUCGUUGCAUUCGGAAUUACCACUGUCAUACUACACAAAAAGAAUAUACUUCCUAAACAUUUUUAUUUUCCUAGCAAAGAUCGCAAUGACCCUUUAACAAGAAAUCCUCUCAAUCGAACAGUUGAAAUAUUUGAUGUUUAAUUAUUGUUGAACAGAGUCACAAAGAAAACAUAAAUCAAGAAAUUGAAAAAGAAACCUUUAAAAGUUAUGCAAAUCCCGCAUUUAUUUACAGCGGGAUGCAACUCGUACACGCAGAAAAUUGAAAACUAUUUGAAACAUGGGAUUGCUUUUCACAUUUAUACAGUUAAGGAUUAAUUAUUCGUUACUUUUAUCUAAAUUGUUUCAAGUUGUUUUUUUUUUAGUUCGUACUGUGUAUCCAAGCCGUGUUGUUUAUAUUGUUGGGUUUAGGUUUGUACAUUGAGUCUUUGAACUCGUGUCACCUUAAUGUUGUCUUGUACACAUUCGUAAGAUAAUAUAAAUGAAAGCAUUUUUAUAUACUAUGCACAAAUAAUUCUUAUAUUGUGCAAAAAUGAUUGGUUUUAUCUUUUUUGAAAGAUGUACAUGUAGCAACAAUUGGUUUAAAGUAUCGCAGUACAAAGUUUAAGCAAAACUUUAUUUUGGACUUUACCUCAACUCUAAUUUUAUUUUGAAUGUUAACUCCUGUAAUAUCUUUUUACAACAGUUAGGCUAAUUGUUCAAUAACAAGGAAUACUUCUCGGACUUUAUACCUACUAAUUGUUAUAGAGACCGAGUGCUAUGUCUCAAGAACUGUUAAUUUCAUAAAACAACCAUGUGUAUGAUUAUCUGGGUUUUUUUUUUUGUCAAACCAUCAGAGUCAUACAGUAUAUUAUUUUUUUUUUUUCAAUACUUCUUUCAUUCAGUUAAAUAAUUGUCAACACUGACAUUUUUUUUUACUCAUUCUGUAGAUUCUUAAAAUUUCUUUUUGUCUGUUUGAUAUACUUGUAUAUUUAAAACUUUUCAACUGAAAACAUCAAUUUCUUGCUUAUAUUUUAGAAAAUAGGUACAAUUUUUGUG